CCCCUCCGUACCAGAGGGGCAGUAUUGUACUAUUGAGCUGCCUAGUAGUCAAGUACAAGACAAGUGAGCGAAACUCAAAUCGGUUUUUAACGUCUUUGACGGAAGUAAUUGUUCCUUACUUUUAGUGCGAUAACAAGUCAACGUUCAUUCUUCUUACAGCUAACAACAUUGAUGUUUUAAAGACGACUACAACGACAAAUCCCGAGAAAGUGUUGUCAGUUAGCGGACAUGUUUGCUAGCCGAGCGAAAACGGUUGGGGACAAAUCUCCGAGCCGACGGAGAAAAGUGCAUGGAACCAACAAGGUGAUGGCCGAGAGGAACCAGACUGUGGUGGCGGUGGGAGCCUGGGUGGAGGACGGCCAGGACUUCGAGGAGAAUCCGUGUGACUUGGCCUCUUAUACAGACGAGCUCCAGGCAGACAGAAUGAGGGAACGCGAAGUCAGGCUUCGUAGGUUUCAAGAGGAUGUGCGCCAUCGUGUGGCGGUCAUCCGCAAGUGCCAGGAAACACAAUCCGAGGUUGACAAGAGAAUCCCGAAACAACAUCACCACCUCCAGUGGACUCAAAGGGAGACGGACACGAGUGAGCUGCGUGACGGAGCGAGGCAGAUCCGACUCAGACUGGCGGCCCGCAGGACCAGCCUGUGUGACGAGGGGACGUCACAGCUGCCUGCAGACAGCUGGAACAUCUCGCUAAGCAGACAUGAGGAUGACCACAUUCAGGAGGAAGAGGAAGGCGGCAGAGAUCAUUUGCCGGUCGUCAAAGAACACAAAUGUCCUCUCGUUCGGCAGCCGGCGAGCAGAAGUCAACGUGUUGUGGACCAGUCUGAGCCUGAUCUCAAGUCCAGCGCCAGAGUCCCGAAGGUCGUGUGGCCUCUGCAGGACCAGGAGACAUUGAGGAGACAGCAGCAGUCUCACUUCCUGACGCAGCGCCGCCGCUUCAUGACCGCCGACAGGGAGCGAGUGAAACAGAGCAAGCAGCACAGGAAACACCUGAAGAAGACUGACAGGUUGAAAGCGGGGAAGGAGAAGGCUCGCCUGGAAGAGGAGCGUCGGCUGGAGCGAACGCGGCAGCUCACUCAGGUCAGACAGCGGCUGGAGGAGAGAGAGGUGCUCAUUCUGGAGCGCCUCAAGCUGGAGGAGGAGGAGAGAGCCGCCGAGAUGGAAAGAAGGAAAAGGCCGGAGAAGAGCAAAGUAACCACCAGGUAUGUGGAGGCCUUGAGGGCUCAACUGAAGCAGAAGAUGUCCGACAAGAAGCUGGACUUUCCUCCCCUCUGCUGCUGCGCGUCCUCCUUCUGGGACUCGCACCCGGACUCGUGCGCCAACAACUGCAUCUUCCACAACAAUCCUAAAGAGUACGCACAGGCCUUACAUUCCGCAGUGUUGACUCUGGACUUAUAGUAACCAGAGACGAAGACCACUUCUUUGUGAUCACUAAAGACUGCAGUGUGUCUGAUGACCUGGAGGGGGCGACACCCGCAGUCACCUGUAAUGCUUUUGAAAGAAAUGGAUAGUUUUGGAAUAAUCCUGUGAGGUGACGGAAACACAAUCAAGGUUUUUUUUUAAGUAAGAUUAUGAUUUUUCCAAAUAGUAAAUUGGCUUUUAUUAGUUAUUUGAUGAUAAAGUGUGACUUUAUGUAAUUAUUGAAUAAUACAUGCAUGAAAGGUGGGCCGUCUUUAUUAAAUAGUCCUUAAAGUUUGCUGUAAGAAUAAUUAUAAUAAUAACAUGUGGGCCAUUCCACCAAAUCAGUGUCAUUUGCAUGUUGUAAUUAUUUCAAAAUAAACUUACUUUUCUGUCUGUU